AGCGAAAAACCCUUGGGAUGAUUCUGCCCCCCUUUUGCCCCAAAUCCAAAUCCUUUUCCUUCUUUCUUCUCUUUCUUAAACCAAGCCGCAUUCGCGACAAAGCCAACAGAGAAGCCAGUGCCAGCGCCUCAGCCUCUCGUUCAACAACGAGACACCUGCUCCGCCAACCCCUCUUGCUGUGAUUUUGGAUACCGCUUGCUCCGCUCGCGACCCAGUCCAGCACCUCCUCUCGACAAUUUUCGCCGCUCCACGAAAGUUUCAUUUGCCACCUUCAACAGGCUUCAACUUUUUUCGAUAAUCAUCUUUUGACUGUUGCCACACGACUUCACCCCGAGUUUGCGACAAGGGUUCGCGCUCAACUUCCAAGCUGGGUGCAUAGACACCUAUCUCAGCGCCUUUUUUCCGACCCCCUUGUGCACGUUUGAGAUCCGUCUCGCGGCACCUCUUCUUUGACGACAGAAACAACAACAGCAAGAUAUAUUUUUUUUUCUCGCAAGAGACUAUGUCUACACAACUACAGCACAUCAUGGCUACUCUCUCCCCAGUUUCUUCUUCUUCCGUUACCGCCACCUCUCCCGUCCUUGGAACCUCUCCUUCCGCUCCCGCAACUGCACUUGCCGGCACCACCAUUACUCCUCUAAUUAACACUGGCAAGCCCAAGACCAGCAAGCCCCGCAAGCGCGUGAACACUGCUGAGAAGCGAUCUCAACACAACGCUAUUGAACGUGCUCGGAGAGAGACUCUUAACAGCAAAUUCCUCGACCUCGCCCGUCUUCUUCCUUCUCUCGCCUCUUCCCGCCGACCCUCCAAGAGCGCUAUCGUAAACGGCUCUAUCUCUCACUUGACUUACCAGAGGAAACAGCGCCUUCUUGCCGCCAAAUUACUGAAGCAAGUUCGCAUCGAGCGGGAUGAGCUUCUAAGGGAGGUGAAUGAAUGGAGAAGUGUUAGUGGCUGUGCCUUGAAGGAGUGUUCUGCCUGGACGGAAGAGAUGGACGAGGUUACUGCUGUUGAAAAGGAGAUCUUUGGGAACUUUGUCAGCGUUGAUGGUGAAGAGGACGGUGAUGGUGAGAUGGAGGAUGGCCCGGUUUUGGCCACCCCUAUCGAGGACAACAAGUUUAUGCCUCUCAACAACGGCAUGUGGAACGAGUUUGGCUAUGGUAUGAAUCCCGCCAACGGUUUCGUCAACAGCGCUUCCGAUACCCUUUCACAAACUUCUCCUGUCGGUUCGCAAGCUCACACUACUGUCCUUACUCCUCCCAUGUCAGCCACCGAGCCUCAGACGGUCUACAACCACACUCCUUCUCCGUCUUCUUCCCAAGGCGCUGCUAGCAUCGUCGAAGCUCCCAAGGAUGGCAUGCCCACUGUACCCUCUCAGACUAAUCACUUCAACCAACAGUUGUUGAACUGGUCACAACAAUUUUUCCAGCAUCCCAUGCAGCAACCUGACACUGCUACCGCUUUGCCACGUCCUCCUCAGCAAGUCUCGCCUCAGAGUCAGAAUCAGAGGUUCAAUCCCAUGCUCCCUGAGGCUUUCAAUGGCAUGUUCAACCCGCUUCAAAUGGGUCACGGUGUUGUUCCAGGGCAAGAGCAAAAUGUUUCCGCCGAUGCGUUCACCCAACAACUUAUGGCGAGCAUGUUUCCUGGCAAGUAUGCCGCCCAGCCCUCUAUUUCUGAUCUCCAGAAGGCUGUUCGUGCGGGUAUGGGUCUCGGGCUCGGUAUGAUGGGCAAUCAGUGGCCGCAGGAGAACGCAGUGGAGGGCUUCUAAAGCAAAAAAGACGAUUGAAAUGUCUAUUAUCAGGGAGUGUACACUUGCUUUUCCUUCGAUUUCAAUGGGUGACUACCAUUUGGAUUAUUUUUAUGCGAGGACGGUCGGGUGUUUUGUAGCUAAUAGGGUUGAAUGGGAUACCUGAAUGUCUGUAGGCUGUGAUGGAUACUCUUAUUAUG